GGCCUUUAUGUGUUGAAUCAUAAAAAUUUCACUUCUAGUUCAAACUGAAAUAUGCACCAAUUGUCAUUUUAUUUCCCCUACUGCUAAAAUUAACAGCCUUUAAUUGGUUAAUUGGUUAUCUGCUAAUGUUGCAUCCCAUUUAUCACUUUAAUUCAACAGUCUCCUCCUGCUGUAAUGCUCCUGUACACAUGAUCCCUCCUGUACACAUGAUCAAUCCCAUAUACAUGGUCACUCCAGUUCCCAUGAUCACUCCUGUACACAUGAUCACUCCUGUACACAUGAUCACUCCUGUUCCCAUGAUCACUCCUGUACACAUGAUCACUCCUGUUCCCAUGAUCACUCCUGUACACAUGAUCACUCCUGUACACAUGAUCACUCCUGUACACACGAUCAAUCCUGUACACAUGAUCACUCCUGUACACAUGAACACUCCAGUUCCCAUGAUCACUCCUGUACACAUAAUCACUCCUGUAAACAUGAUCACUCCUGUACACAUGAUCACUCCUGUUCCCAUGAUCACUCCUGUACACAUGAUCACUCCUGUUCCCAUGAUCACUCCUGUACACAUGAUCACUCCUGUACACAUGAUCACUCCUGUACACACGAUCACUCCUGUACACAUGAUCACUCCUGUACACAUGAUCACUCCUGUUCACACGAUCACUCCUGUUCACAUGAUCCCUCCUGUACACAUGAUCACUCCUGUUCCCAUGAUCACUCCUGUACACAUGAUCACUCCUGUUCCCAUGAUCACUCCUGUUCCCAUGAUCACUCCAGUUCCCAUGAUCACUCCUGUACACAUGAUCACUCCUGUUCCCAUGAUCACUCCUGUACACAUGAUCACUCCUGUUCCCAUGAUCACUCCUGUACACAUGAUCACUCCUGUACACAUGAUCACUCCUGUACACAUGAUCACUCCUGUACACAUGACGACUCCUGUUCACAUGAACACUCUUGUACACAUGAUCACUCCUGUUCCCAUGAUCACUCCUGUACACAUGAUCAAUCCCAUAUACAUGAUCACUCCAGUUCCCAUGAUCACUCCUGUACACAUGAUCACUCCUGUACACAUGAUCACUCCUGUUCCCAUGAUCACUCCUGUUCACAUGAUCACUCCUGUUCCCAUGAUCACUCCUGUACACAUGAUCACUCCUGUACACAUGAUCACUCCUGUACACAUGCAGUUUUAUUUCUGUUCAAACACGGGUAGGAACAGAUAUUAUGUCACUUUAUAUGUGUCUUUGUUCAAAAAUUGUCUAAAAAUGCCACAUUUUUUGUCACUUCCUGUUUUGUCAUUUCCUGUUAAGUACCACUGCACCUUAAUGCAUACCAUGUUUGGCCUCAUUGUGCUUGUGUACCAUAUACAGAUUCAUUCUGCUUGUGUACCAUUAAUGGCAUUGUUGUGGGCUUGUGGGACUCAAUGAGCUGAAUGUUUACAAUAUUAUGAACUAAUUGUGUUUGAUAUGCACCAUCUAUAUAUUCAUUGUAUUUGAUAUGUACCAUCUAUAGAUUCAUUGUGCUUGAUGUGUACCAUCUAUAGAUUCAUUGUGCUUGAUGUGUACCGUAUAUGGACUCACUAUGUUGCCGCUUAUAUUUAGCUAAAGUUGAGGCCAAUUCUCCCAUCAUUCCUGAAAAUAAGAAAAUUCCAAAAUGCUAGAUAUGGAGAGAAGUAAUUGUGAUGAAAUUGGG